GUUCCGGCUCCGGCUUGGCUCCCGCCCGCGUGGCCAGACAGACGGACGGUUAGCCCUGAGAGGGUGCGUGCACUGCCAGGCGGAGGUGUCGGACGAGGAGGAGGAGACGGAGGGGGGGGCUGGGCAGGGGCUGGGGCCCGGCGGAGGAAACAUGCGAUUGGCGACCAAGCCGAGCGGACGGACUGCGCGCCCAAGAUGCAGGUGAGCGAGAGGAUGCUGGCGGGGGGCGCAAGGAGCAUGCCCAGCCCCCUCCUGGCCUGCUGGCAGCCCAUCCUCCUGCUGGUGCUGGGCUCGGUGCUGUCAGGCUCAGCCACGGGCUGCCCACCCCGCUGCGAGUGCUCCGCCCAGGACCGUGCUGUGCUCUGCCACCGCAAGCGCUUUGUGGCAGUGCCCGAGGGCAUCCCCACAGAGACCCGCCUGCUGGACCUGGGCAAGAACCGCAUCAAAACACUCAACCAGGACGAGUUUGCUAGCUUCCCACACCUGGAGGAGCUGGAGCUCAACGAGAACAUCGUGAGCGCCGUGGAGCCUGGCGCCUUCAACAAUCUCUUCAACCUCCGGACUCUGGGGCUCCGCAGCAAUCGCCUGAAGCUCAUCCCCCUGGGUGUCUUCACCGGCCUCAGCAACCUGACCAAGCUGGACAUCAGCGAGAACAAGAUCGUCAUCCUGCUGGACUACAUGUUCCAGGACCUGUACAACCUCAAAUCGCUGGAGGUCGGUGACAAUGACCUCGUCUACAUUUCCCACCGAGCCUUCAGCGGCCUCAACAGCCUGGAGCAGCUGACGCUUGAGAAAUGCAACCUGACCUCCAUCCCCACAGAAGCGCUGUCCCACCUGCACGGUCUCAUCGUCCUGAGGCUCCGGCACCUCAACAUCAACGCCAUCCGGGACUAUUCCUUCAAGAGGCUGUACCGCCUCAAGGUCUUGGAGAUCUCUCACUGGCCCUACUUGGACACCAUGACACCCAACUGCCUCUAUGGCCUCAACCUAACGUCCCUGUCCAUCACACACUGCAAUCUGACUGCUGUGCCCUACCUGGCCGUGCGCCACCUGGUCUAUCUCCGCUUCCUCAAUCUCUCCUACAACCCCAUCAGCACCAUCGAGGGCUCCAUGUUGCAUGAGCUGCUACGGCUGCAGGAGAUCCAGCUGGUGGGUGGGCAGCUGGCCGUGGUGGAGCCCUAUGCCUUCCGCGGCCUAAACUAUCUGCGUGUACUCAACGUCUCUGGCAACCAGCUGACCACACUGGAGGAGUCGGCCUUCCACUCGGUGGGCAACCUGGAGACACUCAUCCUGGACUCCAACCCACUGGCCUGUGACUGCCGGCUCCUGUGGGUGUUCCGGCGCCGCUGGCGGCUCAACUUCAACCGGCAGCAGCCCACAUGUGCCACACCCGAGUUCGUCCAGGGCAAGGAGUUCAAGGACUUCCCUGAUGUGCUCCUGCCCAACUACUUCACCUGCCGCCGCGCCCGCAUCCGGGACCGCAAGGCCCAGCAGGUGUUUGUGGAUGAGGGCCACACGGUGCAGUUUGUGUGCCGGGCAGAUGGUGACCCGCCGCCUGCCAUCCUCUGGCUCUCACCCCGCAAGCACCUGGUCUCAGCCAAGAGCAACGGGCGGCUCACGGUCUUUCCCGAUGGCACGCUGGAGGUGCGCUAUGCCCAGGUACAGGACAAUGGCACGUACCUGUGCAUCGCAGCCAACGCAGGCGGCAACGACUCCAUGCCUGCCCACCUGCAUGUGCGCAGCUACUCGCCCGACUGGCCCCAUCAGCCCAACAAGACCUUCGCCUUUAUCUCCAACCAGCCAGGCGAGGGAGAGGCCAACAGCACCCGUGCCACCGUGCCUUUCCCCUUCGACAUCAAGACCCUCAUCAUCGCCACUACCAUGGGCUUCAUCUCUUUCCUGGGCGUCGUCCUCUUCUGCCUGGUGCUGCUCUUUCUUUGGAGCCGGGGCAAGGGCAACACGAAGCACAACAUUGAGAUCGAAUAUGUGCCCCGCAAGUCAGACGCAGGCAUUAGCUCCGCUGACGCACCCCGCAAGUUCAACAUGAAGAUGAUAUGAGGACAGGGCGGGGGGCAGGGACCUGCAGGCGCGCCGGGCAGGGGAAGGGGCCUGCCCACCAUCCGCUUGCUCCCCAGUCCUCCCCACCUCGUGCCCCUCCACAGACUAUUUUUCUCCCUCUCACCCCCAUCCCCUGCUGCCCCCUGCUGGCCCUCGCCACCCGCCCUCUUUCUACCAGGACCUCAGAAGUCCAGGCCUGGGGACCCCACUUGCACAGGGGCACGCAUUGACAGACUGGAGUCGGAAGCUGACCAACCGACCUGCAGCACAGUGAAUAAUUCAAUAAAAAAAGUUACGAACUUCCUCUGUAACUUGAAUUUCAAUAAUUAUGGAUUUUUAUGAAAACUUGAAAUAAUAAAAAGAGAAAAAAACUA